GAUACUUAGUUUCCCUCUCUUUAUUUCAUCAGUCUGAUUGUGCCACACCUUAUGGAAGUUCCAUGAUGACGGACACCUUUCCGAAGUCGCACCCGGACAAAAGUUUGGAUGAGAUGAGUCUCGUCGACGCGGGUGCAGUUGGUGCCGGAGACGAUACCCUUGUAGUGGACAAGUUAAAAAUGAGUGAGAAUGAAAAGCAAUCCGAGGACGAAAUGAGGCUGGAGGGCCUCCAGCAUGGAAGUGGCUCUACCGGUGCCUUAACCGCUUCCGGGGCUGAAGGAGGUGGUGCCCUCAGUCCUCUAACCGGUGCUUAUCUUCUCAUAGUGCUAAGCGAGCCCAUUUCCGACGAACACAAAACGAAAAUGUUGUCGAAACUUAAGCAAGGCUUGCUAUCAUGGGAUGUGGAUACUUGCCACGUCGAUUUCCAUUCAGAACUAAAUGUGAUUGUGGAAAGUUCACCGCCAGGCGAGGAAUUGAAAGGAGGAGAACGUCUGAUCCAGUUUGCUUCGGACAAUCUGGUGGUGGAGGUUCUGAUCAAUCCUCAACUGUACACUCUCCAACAAUGUAUGCGGAACAUGCUCAGCAGCUUUACCAAGCACCGUCAUAUCAUUCAUGGAGGAUAUACAUUCGUUGGCACGGGAGCAUGGGUUCUCCAAGAUGGUGCCUACCCUUACCAUGAGUUCUCUCACACCUUUGAUGAAUAUGACAUCCAACGCGUGAUGAGAGCAUAUGAGAACAGUAUUACCAUCAAUCUUCAUUGUUGUGCUGAAGGAGAGUGGUCCCAAGAGCGGAUCAACAAGGAGCAGUACACGGAAUUUUGUCAGGUCAAACUUAACCCACCAGAAGUCAUUCAAGACAUGACAGUAAUUGAGAGCUUCCUGAGCUAUAUUGGCCCAUUCUUGGUUCCCCAGUCUACCCAACAAGCAUUGCCACCGUCUGACGUGGUCGGAAACAUCCGGUUCAGUCACCCAACCUUGUAUGUCUUCCCAGGGGGCCAGGGAGAUUCUGCUCUUUUCGGAAUCAACGGCUUUAACAUGUUGAUUGACGGCGGGUUCAGUCGAAAGGCCUGUUUCUGGGACUUUUCCCGUCAUUUGGAUCGAUUGGACGCCAUUUUGAUCACCCGUUUAAGCAACGAGAACACUUGUGGAAUGUCAGCCUUGCUUCAACGCAAGACCAUGAGCGCCCUCUACCCUCAAAUUGGUCACGUAUUCGCCAAUCUCCCGAUUAAGGCUCAAAUGCAGUCUUCCACCACUCAUCCGGACAAGAGUGGAGAAGGACGAAGCUCCCAGGAUGCAGACGAUAACCUACUCAUAAAUGUGAUAGAGGAAGGUAACUUCAUGCUGGACAACCUUCGUAUUCUGAAUCUGAAGCCACAGAUUUGCUUUCGAGAGCGGAGCUGCGAACCCAUCAACCUAUAUCACAAAGUUGGGCACGGAAAACUGGACAUGUAUGUCGUGAACCCUGGCAAAGAUGCAAAAGAGUUGAGGGAGUUCAUGGAACGAUGGAACGAAAACUCGCAGACGUUGGGCAACUUCCGAUCUGGGAUAAACAUCGACGGCAAAGAACUCUGGUUGCCCAUUGCAAACUUAGUUUCCAUCUGUGCCUUGGUGGUGUGGAUUCCAGACGACCCCAACGACACCGUGACCAGGCUGUUGUUUCCUGGAAGCACGCCACAGCACAAGAUCUUAAGGGGUCUGGAAAAAUUAAAGUCCUUGGAAUUCAUUCAAAAGCGGGUUUGUCUCUCAGGGUCUUUGCCAAAGGCCAAACCAACUAGCCCAGCCGCCAAAUCAUCCGGAUAUGGCAAGCGAGAGAUGUCCAGCCAUAGGCAAAGCAGUGUAACUUCGUCUAAGAGAGUACCCAGAAAUGUGUCAAGCUCGCGAGAGUUCGGCUCAGAUAAGCUUUCUGAACGAGGUGAACGGUUGGAAUCUCGACAUCGCAGAAUCCGCUCUGAGUCUACAACAAAGCAGCAGAUUCGUACAUCUCGAGAAAAAAUGGACGUCGAGAAAAAGCAAGUCCCCGAAGUCAAAGAAAAACGAACGAAAUCCAGUGCGGCCAAGAAGUCAGAAGACAAGAAUCUAAAGGAACAGAAAAAUCAAGUGGCUGAGGCCAAAUUGAAGGAGAAUAAGAAGGAAGCCAAUACUGCCAUCAAGUCCAGAGUUGUCACCAAAUCCACUAGGCCUAAAGUAACUGAAAAAUCCAGUAUCACUGCAUCAGGUGGACCAGUGUCAACAACUGCUUCCUCAAUGAACAAGAGCACCACUGUUAGUUCAGUGACGAGGAGCUCAGUCACAAAAUCUGGAGCCUCAAAACUUUCCAAGGAUGCAUCCAAUAAAACAAAAAAAGCUGCGGAUACCAAAUCCAAAAGGGAUGCCAAGCCCAUCAGAGGUGGAUCAGGCAAAAUUUCUUCUGCCGCUUUGGCCGUUGGAACAACCGCUGCUGUAGGUAGCUCGGCUGCCGCUGCGGCAAGCACGUCACGGAAAAUAUCGAAUGAAGUUCCUGCUGGAGCUAACAAGGAAGACGAACAAGAGUCUAUUGUGGAGAAGCAUCAGAUUGAAGAAAUGGAGCAUGAACCUGUCGACCAUGUGGAUGACAUUGAGCCAGAGUUGGAAAGGAUCAAAGAUGAGGAAGAUGAUGCCCAAGACAAUGUUAUUCGAGAGGCCGAUAUUCCCACUGAAGAGUUGAAGGAACCUACACCAAAAGAUUCCCCGCCCACUGCUUUGCCGUUAGCAAUGGAGAAGGAGGCAAAAACGCCCUUGGCUCAUAUUAAAACCCCAGAUGAAGUGGAUGAUCUUCCAGAGCAUGAGGCUGUGGAACCAGAAGCCAUAGAGGUACAAGCAGAAGCCUCCAAUGAUCAAACUGAGGAAGAGAAGAUAACGCAAGACCUGCAAGAAAAAGAGCAAAUUCAGGAUGUUACCGAAAAAUCUCUCGACAUUCCAAUGGUUCAGGAUGCAUCUCUUGUGGCUCAAACUCCAGAGUCCGAGGGAGUUCAGCAACAGAAAGACAUGUCCGAAAUAAUGGUUGAACAUACUAAUAUCGAAAUGAGACCGCAAGAUCAAGCUGAAAAUGAAAACGAAAAAGAAGCUGACGCUGAAGAAAGCUCCUCACCCUUUGCUCAAGUGAAAGAUGCAGUUGAAAAUGUCAAAGAGUUUGUUGCUGAAACUUUUGAUUCCGAGACUAAACCGUCCGAACAUGGAACCCAAGAUGACACCUUAGCCCAAAACGACAAAGAUAAGUCUUUAGGCCAGGACUUGGAAACAAUAUCAAAGGCGGGAAUUGGAAAAGAAAUCGAGGAAACCCUUAUUGAAGAAAAACAGAUAGACGCCUUCCAAAGCACUCCUAAAAAUGAGGCAGCUGAAGAGCAGAUUUCUAACGAUAUUGACCCAACCAAAUCUCAGGAACAAUUGGCACAACCAACAAAAGAAAGCGACAUCAGAUUAACCAAAGAAACAGAGGAUGAAACCAAUGUAGACGAAUUAAGUCACGACUCAAAACCAGACAAAGAGGUUGGCGAGCAUGAUGCCCAGCCCAUUCCCGAUCAAGGUAUUUAUCAACCAACUCCAAAAGAAGAUGAUGAUGCUGGUUCUAAGACUCCAAAAGAUGACGAAACUAGUCCUAAGUCUACAACAAUGGAUGAAAAUGUUACUCCUGAGGGCAUUGCUUUCAUGCCAAAAGAUGACAAUGCUGGCUCCAAGACUCCAAAAGAUGACGGCAAUGGUUCCAAGACUCCAAAGGAUGUUCAUGCGUCUGGAUCCAAAACUCCACUAGAUGAUGAAAGGGAUAAUUCCGAGAUUACCGAACCCAAAGACAUUGGUUCAACGUCGUCAAAGGAUGACGGUGCUGGCUCCAAGAUUCAAAAAGAUUCUGGAACUAAUUCCAUGACCUCAAAAAGUUCCUGUACUGUAAAGGAUGAUAAUGUUGUUUCCAAGGUUAGAAAAGAUGUCGACUUUGGUUCCAAGGACGAAAAAGAUGAAGAAAUUGGUUCAAAGGCUCCAAAAGUUGAUGAGGAGCAAAUGGUUUCUGAAUCCAGUCCUCUUUCGACGCAAAUGAUGACAAAAGGACAACAUGAUUCCCUUUCUCAAACUCCAAAUAAAGUCUCUGAAGACUUUGAGAGAGAUGUGAAGCAAUGUUCAAGCCAGGAAUCUUCGGAUUUUAUAACGUCAACUGAUAUUCCUGCAAAUUACAAACAACAACAAGAUAUAUCUUCAUCUUCGGAGGCUUCAAAGGUGCAUGAAGAGUACGAUGUUCCUGAUAAAACCAAGGAUUCGGGAUCCAUUUCUACUUUGCAAGGUGACCAUGACGUCAAAAUUGAUUUAGGAUUACAAUCCUUAGGAGGAAUGUCCGAAAGUGAGAAGGAUUUGAAAUUGAAAGGGUCAUGUAGUUCAGGAAGGCAAUCGCCAUAUGAACAACCAACAAUGACUGCUGAGGAUUCCAAAGUUGAAAACUUAUCUCAAAAAGAAUCUGUCUCUGCAGAAAUGUCAAAGGAGGAUUAGCAGAGUGAUGGAGCAGGUGUUAAAGAAUCUCAUGCAACAAAGGAAAAAACGUCAGCAAAGAGCGUUUCUCAUGGCCCUAUUGAACUUGAGGAUAGUUCCACGCUCGUUGUUCAGGAUAAGCAACGGGUGGAGGAAUGUAAUGCUUCUAAGGACAUAACAAUUGAUGACAAUAUAGCUGAUGAAUCACCUCUAACUGAUAGAUUGGUUGCAAGAAACCUAGAAAACGACAAAGAAUCUGGCCACCCAACAAAUUUGCCUGUUGCUGAUGAGUCCAUAAACAUUGAAGCUGAUCAGGCAACCACUGAUCAAACAACCCCCGUCGAAUCAUCUGAACCGGUGGAUCAAGAAGCAGAUAAACACAACAAUGUCAUAAAGGAUUUAUCAGAGAAAUCGGCUGAAUCAUUUGGUCUCACUGAUAAACUUCAAAACCUAAUUGAAGACGUUAAAGAGGUAUUGGUUGGCGAGUCACCACAAAAUGUCAAGGAAGAAACUGCGCAGGAGCCAAAGGAAAAGGAGGAUUCAUUGGAACCAGUUAUUGAAGAAAAAGAGCAAGCAAGCAUUGCGUCAGAACUUCGAAGUUCCAUAACAGAUUCAGGAAAGGAUUUCUUAGGGUCUAGCCCCAGCAAAGAUUCUGAGCCUCCAGCAACCGAAAUUGUAAUAAACAGACAGGCAGAAACUGUCCGUGACAAGGAUGUAGGUCUCUCCAAAGAGGAUCUAGAGGAAAAAAAAGGAGAGGACAAAAAGGAGAUUGAAGAAGCAUUGGAUGAAAAGGAAAGCCAAAAGUUGGAUUCUGAUUCAAAGGACACUUCAGGUGAUUCACCUUUGUCUGAUGAAAUCUUGAAUGAUCAAGAGCGAGCUCCAUUGGAGGACAAAACACCCAAGCCUCUCAGUAGAAAGGAUAAACAAGCCGUUAAUGAAGAGGAGAAAUACAAGAUUCCUGAAUCUGAAAUCCGGCAACCACUUGACAAAGUCACAGCCCAUUCUCCUGAUCUCGGGGCUGAAAAGAGUCUGAUCGAAGAAUCGACAAAGGAUGAUUCAAUAGAGAAGGAAAUGGAUAGAGGAAUGGAAAAUACCGUCGCCGCUGAAGAGAAAAAAGGUGAUACCAUUGAUCACACCAAAGUAGAGAUUGCAGAUCCCUCACCUGAUUUGCCCAUGAAGAAAGAUGAGAGACAUGACCGUCACGACCAUGAAGGAGAUGUUUCAAAGCAUGCUGAACUUGAUAAGGUCAAGCAGACCCCAACAAGUGACAAAUCUCAUAAGAUGAAAGACGAUGUCGAGAAGAUAGCGCUUGAAAAGGAAGGAAUGGAGUCCAGCCAAGUGCCCAAAAUGGGAGCAAUUGACGACUCAGAUUCACCAAAAAGUGGGAAAGAUAGUCCAACUGAUGACCUUUCCUAUGAGAAAAGAAAUGUGGAAGACGGUGUGACGGUUGACGAUCAAGGUCAUUCUGCCAUACCUGAACUUUCAAAGGAUAAAUCUGAUAAGAGUGAAAAGACCGUAAGUGAGGAGCAACUUCCUCAAUCGCCCAUCAAGAGCAAGGAUAUGCCACAAGAUAUGGUACAACAACAAGAAAAUGUCGAGCAAAUGGACACAUCCUUGGAAAGCAAUAAUUCCGAGAAAACAAAACAAAAGGAAUCGAUUGCAAAAGAAGAGACCACCAAUAUUCCUUCCACUGUGGUAGAAGACGAAAUUGAGGUUCAAAAGAUUCAGGCAGGUGACGAAAAGGCCAUGGCAAAGGUCGUGGAACCUGCAGAUCAAGAGAAACAAAAUCUGUCUGAACCUAUGGAAAGCCAAUCCGUUGAAAAGGAAGAGAGCUUGAGUCAAGCUGAGCAUGCUGAAUCAGCUUUGGAAACGGAAAACACUACAAAGGAAGUUUCCACUGAAGCUGUGAUUGAAGCUUAUAGCAAAGCAUCUGAAGAAGGAGAAAGUACCACCUCUGAAGAGCUCAAACCAGCUGACAUGAUCUUGUCAGAGAAAGCUAUUAUAAAACAUUUCAUAUCUGAGCCAUCAACAGAUGAAUCUGGUAUGACGAAGAAUGAUUUGAGUCAUGAGCAACUUUCUCAAUUAAAUGAUGAAGGCUCUGAGAAUGUCCAACAAAAUAUGUCUGAAAAGACUUCAGAGUUGGCAGCCACGAAUCAAGAUGAAGAAGUUGAAGAUUCUGAUCUCAAACCACAGUCACAGUCGGGAAAAGAGAUCCAAAUACAGGUUGGAACACAAGGAGAAAAAGAUUUGUCAACUGAGGUCAACACGGCUAAAGAACAAAAAAUAUCGGAGCCUGUUCAAGCUGACAUUCGUGAGGCGGAAGCAAGAACCACUGAAGGUGAGGAACAUGGAGGUCAAUCCCCUGUAGAUGAUGACAAAGAGGCUAAACUUGAUAAGAAAGAUGACGAUCUUCAAAAUGAGGAAAUGCCAAACGGUCAAGAUCAGCUAUUGGAAGAAAACACAACUGAUCAGUCUCAUGACUCUAAAGUAAUCGUGGAAGAAGACCAACCCUUGGAAAAAGGGUCCUCGAAGACAGAACAAAACGAGGUGGAAAGCCCAACACAUGCUAAUAUUGUUAAAGAGGUUGAUCCAGAUGCAACACGAGCGGGUUCUAAGCCACAAAAUGAUCAAUCUGGGGAUGAAGACAAUUUGAAUAUUAGUAAAGCAGCCAUUGUCGAUUCAGAGAGCCAAACCUCAGUCCAAGAAUUAAGUACUGGAGCAAAACAAAUUAUGCGAGAAACUGAAAAAGAAACAGAAGAUCCCAUCAAAGCUUCAACAAAAAGAGGGAUCUUCGAGGCACUUGAUACUUCUUCGUCUGAACCUGCCGUAGACAAAACCGAAUGGAAUGUGCAAGAAUUGAAACUUGGAUCAGAAGACUCAAAAGAACCAACCGACCCCAUUACCGAGGAGGCGAUUCCGCAAAAAGAUGAGGCUGAAACUGGAUCAGUCAACAUUGAGUCCACCAAAAACGGAGACGAACAGCAAGACAAGGAAGAUGAAAGGUCUUUGGAAUUCCAACAACCAGAACAUGGCCAUGAAAGCAAGCCAUCACCAGAAAGCAUCCCAGAAAAAGCCAGUGGCUCCGAAGAAACCAUCCCACAUGACAAAAGCAUUGUUGACGAGCCUCUACAUUCGAAAACGGAAGAGAAAGAAGCCCAAGUUUCCUCUCUUAGUGACCAAAGCACGGUAGAAAAGGUCACAGUACAAUCAGACUCCGAACAGCUCAAAUUGUCUGAAAAUUUAUCUGAGAAGGAAAACUUGGUUAAGAAUGAAAAAGAAAAUGUCAAGAGUGAAGGUGAGAAGGACGAGGUAUCCCCUAAGGAUUCUGAAGAUGCCUCUGAAUCUAGGCAAUCAGCCCAAGAUAUGUCCGUAAUUGCACCUGAUGAAUCCAAGGUUGAAGAUCAUGUUGCAUCAAAUGAGGACAAAAUGCCUCCACAAUCCUCUGAUGGAACAAAAAAGGAGGCAACUGAACCCCUUGAAGAUCGCCUAUUAAAGACAGAUGGAAAUGACGUAGAAGUAAAUGAAGUCAAAGCAGUUUCUACACUUGUAGACAGUGUCGAAGAAGUUCAUUGUAGUGAAUCUACAUCCCAAAGCACUGGAAUUGUUCAAGAUGUGGAAGCUUCAAAGGACACUCAAUCUGGAACAGAAAACAAAUUAGAUAAUGAAGCCUCAUUACAGGAUAAAAAAUCUGCUGUGGUUAUUGAUACCUUGAAAACUGAAGAGAAAGGUCAGUCUUGCAAUGAUUCGCAAGAUGAGGGCGUUCAAGGGCGAGACUCAGUAGAGGCUCCUCUAGUUAAAGGCUCUACUGCAACUGAUGAUACAUUGAAAGACACUGAUAGACAAGAGGUGGUUGAGCAUUUGGAAGAGAAGCAACUGACGCAAGUGGAUAUGCAGCUCAAGGAUAAACCUUCCAAAGAAGUCGAUGAUGGGAAGGACAUAACUGAAGAUACACAACAGAGUGCAGAAGACCCAAGCUUUGGGCCUGUUACCAUCUCUGUUGAACAGGACAAUGAUGUCGAUGAUGCCCCUAAUACCACCGAGGAAUGUGGAAAGAAGACCGAAAAUGAUGAAGCAGAUGACAAGGAUGAUAUUGGUACUAAACAGAGUCCUAAGUCUGAAGAUGUUGGUAAAAUUUCUAUCUCUGCUGAUGUCGGUAUCAAUGAGCCCAAAGACUCUCGGGACGACGUCAAAGUUGUUGAGGAGAGCAAAAAGGAAAGUAUUCCAGUCAUAGAGAAACAUGCUCAAAAUGCAGUUCAAAGCCAAGAAGCAUUGGAGAUUACUGAGCAUGAAUCUCAAGGACAGUCGAUCGGAGACCCCAAAGACAAGGACAGCCAACCAGAUUCGAUGGCAAUGACAUUCAAUGAAGACGAAAAAUUUGUCUCUUUGUCAAAGGACCAUCCCAAAGAUGACAAGAGCUCAACUGACGUUGUUGAACCAGCUUCUCAAGGCUCUUCUGAUGAAAGUGGAGGCUUUAUUGAGACUAUGAAGGACACCUUUAAAGAUGUGAAAGACUUGUUCACUGAGCCAAUUCUUAAAGACGAUGUUGAACAAGAUGUUAAUGACGGAAAGACUAAAUAUCAAACUGAAUCCACUGUAAACAUCACAAUUGACGAAGCAUCAGCCGAUCAGGUGGAAUCUGAUGAAGAGCAAGAAACGACAAAAGACGUAGAGGCAAACGAGACCGAAGUGCCACAGGAUCAUGAUAAAGAUGAAUCACAUACUCCGCCAUCCACACCCAUAGUUAAUGAGUCCAUGCAAAUUCACCUUGCUGAGGAUUUAGACGCGUCAACAACACCCAAGUCCCCAAGAUCUCCUUUGCCAGUUGAUGAACUAGCCAAGUUUGUAGCACAGGACAGUAAUGAGGAAGAGACGAAAUUUGGAGAAAAAGUGGCCGAAGCCCUCUUGGUGGAACAAAAGUUAACGACUUCGAAUGAAAAGCCCAAUGAAAAAUUGGAGGAGUCCGCUGAAAGCAAAGGCAAGAUGAGCUACGCUAUGGCUGUGGAGGAAUGUGAGCCUAUAAAUGCAUCUGAAGCAAAUGCCAUACAAACCUCUGAAGCCGGCAAGGAAUCACCAGUUGUGCAAGCAAAACUAGAUAUUGACACAGUUGACACUACCGGAGGUGACACAGCUUCACAUAAAACUGAAACCAAAGAUGCGGACUCGUCAAAAACGGACGAGGAAAAGACCGUCACACAUGAAUCUUCCCAUGAAGAAAUGGUUACUAAGGACACGCUUGACGACGUUAACGUUCAAACUGAUGGGGAAGCAAAAGAUGGUUAUAGUAACGCUGAUUCCUCAUCAAAAGAUCUGAAAAAAAGUGAAUCCGCAGGUUCGGAGUCUGACUCUGAAGACUCAGACUCGGGGCAACCACCCAAAGGCGCUGACAAGAUCAAAGUUCUUCACGAAAAGCCGAUUGAUCACGAUGUUUUGAACAAAGUCGUUAGUGAACAACAAGAUUCCAAGAUUGAUGAAAAGUUAGACAAUACAACCCCAAGAAAAAUGGAAGUUUCUGAGCCUAGAUUCGAGGAGACAAAGACAGAUGAAAAAUCCGUAUCAAAAGACCAAGAUGAUUCCGUGGACUCUUCAAAGACUCAGAACGAAAAUGUGGAUAAGAGAGAAGUAGAAGAGGAGCCAUGUGUGGAACAGAUUGUUAGCAAACAAGAUGCCGCCAUUGACAAGGGCUCAUUUUUGGGUAAAGCAGUUGGAUUGGUGGACAAAGUAACCUCCAAGGUCUCCAAUAAAGUUCAUGACUUUAAAGGACGAGACAAAAAGGACGAGAAUGACUUGGCCAAAUUAGAGGAACAAAUCGAAAUCUUUGAAGAAGUCAAGCCGUUGAAAGCAGGAACUGUUGUUCAGGUUCAAUCGCUUGAUUCUGAAUCUGAAGUACAAGAGGACAUUUGCGUUGAAAAGAAGCAAUUCCAGACCACAGAGGCACCGGAUGAAACGGCUUCGUUGCACAAGGUUCCUAAAAUGGAUCCAAUGAUGACUAGUUGCUACGGAAGCUUGCCUGAUGAGGAGGAACACACCAAAGUUGAAGCUAACUCUAAUGUUGACUCCCAAGAGCAAGCCGAAAAAUCUAUUGAAAAAGAAGGUGUAGAAACAAACAAGUCCGAAGAAACGUUAGUUAAGCCAACUGACUCCCCAAUUGUGGAUCAUAAAAUUGAUAGUCUAAGGACUGAAACUGCUGCCAAAGUUUCAAUGCAAAGUCAUGUUCAAGGGGACAAACCAACCGUGUCUGUACUUUCGGACUCACCAACCAAAACACUGGAGAAAACCGAUGAUGCCAUUGAGGAAACUUUGUAUGAGACAUGCAUGACCGUAAAAGGUGCCUUGGAAAAGGUUUAUGACGUUCUUCAUUCAGAUGAAAAGAUCAAGGACGGAUCACGAGAGGAAGCUGAGGAAACAAAAGAUAGCAUCCAUUCGAGUGAAGCUAAAGAGGCUUUCGAAGAAAAGGUGAAGCCAAUUGUUGCUGAGUCGGAAAAAGAAGAGCAACAUGAAUCUUCCAAAGACGCCCACAUUGAAUCUGAUGAAAUUGGUAAAGAAGGUCAAAGAAAAACUGGGUCAGAGCGGAUUGAAGACACAUCAGAUGCUAACGACAAUGCCAUUGAAGACGUUCAACAUGCCUCAAUUAGGCAAGAAAUUUCUCAUGAAGGAGACAAGGUUCUCUCAGGAGACCUUAGUGAAACAGCACAGCCUCUACUCGAGGUUAAGCCUCAAGAAUCUAAGGUCUCAACUUCAAGUAAAGAUCAAGUUCAAGAAGAAGAAACUAUGAUGCAUGGAAUUUCCAAGAAGGACGAGCCUUUGAUUGAAAAGCCAAUUCAAGCCAAAGAAGAGUCUGAAGCUAAACCUGCUUCUGAACACGAACAGCAAACACAUUCAGCUAGUGAGAAUUCAGAAAAGCUGCCUAAGAAAGAUGAUGUUGCACUGAAAUCUGAAGCUGAAUCCAAAACGCCUGAGUCUUUUGGGCAACUCAAAGAGCAACCUGGAGACAAAUCUGAAAUUAGAGAAGGUUCAAUUGAGAGCAAGGACUCUGGAAAUCUUGAAACGGCAGUCACCAAUGCUGGUGUUGCUUUAACCAGUAUAAUGUCCGCUACACUCUUUAGCGCGGACAGCUCAGCUGAGCAAACGAGUUUAGAAAAUGCAAAUGACAUUGAUCCAAAGGUUACCGCAAACAACGAAGCCAAAGAUCUAGAUGUGAGCACAUGGAAAGAAAUUGAUGUUCAGAAAGACUCAUCAAAAGACCCGGUAAAAGACUCUGAGGCAGAGGAAAUAGAAGGUUCAGCAACGGGGAGUUUGGCUAGCGUUGGGAAAGCUCUUACAUCCGUUUUGACAUCAACUCUUACCUUGGGAUCCUCAAAUGACGUUCUUCAAGCUGAUGCUCCUGACGAUGCCGCUCAUUUGCACCAAGAGACAAAGAAGUCUGAGAUGGAGAUCGCAACAGCCCCAGACAAAGAUCUGGAGGCUCCUUCUUUAGACGAUAAAGCCACAUUAAAAGAAGUAAAAGCUGAGAUGGGUUAUCCAGACAAGCAAUCUACAGAGGGAGACACUGAGACAAAGCUUGAUGACGAUGAUGAAGCAGCUCCUUUGACAGAAAGUGUGACAACAGCAAUAACUAAUGUAAGCGAAGCUCUGACCUCCAUGUUCGCAUCGACCAUUUCGUCAAAGUCCACGACUCAAGUCGAAAAUGUAGAGGACUCAAAAGAUGAUGAUGCAUCACCAGAUGACGUAAAGGAUCAGAAGAACUCAACGGGCUCCCUUGAAGAGUCUGAGGUCUCGGGUGAAUUGUCUCAUGCAGAGAGAAGAGAUUCGCAAAACGAAAUGGAAGAAACCGAAGCUAUCUUGAGUCAUUCGAAUGAGCUAUCCAAAACUCCACAGGAAUCUCUUGACACAAAGAAUGAAACACAGCAAGUGACAGAAAGCUUGAUCACUUCUUUAACUAAUACUGGUGAGUCUCUCACUGCUAUUAUGUCAACUUCACUUAACUCAGGAUCAAAGGCAAACAAGGACGACGACAAUGGUGAAGAGGAUAAAUCUGAAUCAAAUGGAGAUGUAUCUUCCAUUGAAGAGCAAGAGGCUAAAGCUGAUCCAUGUUCAGAGUAUGAAAGCGCUUGCAAAGAAAAAAAGGAACAAGUCCCCAAAGAAGGCAGUCAAGAAAAGAGUGACGCAACUGAAAUUGAAAAUGCCACAGUAAGCUCAACGGAAGCAACUGAUAUCAACAAGGUGAAGAUGGUAGAGACUAAGGAGCCCAUUGAAGAAAGAUCAACAACCAGUGCUCUUUCGUCAAAGGCAGAUGAUGUCUCUGGUUCACGCACUGAAUCGAAUAUUUCAGGCAAAGAGAGCCUUAAUGAGGCAGCAGAUUCCAAAAUUCAAGGAUCUCUUCCAGAAGAGCAAAUUGACCUUUCAGAAUCAUCUGAUAUUCAGCAAACAUGUGAAAUGUCAUUAACUCAACCAGCAAAUGACGUGGUCAAACCUGAAGCGGAGGAAGAGCCUGGAACCAAAGAAACAGAUGAAAUUGACGGGGAAAUGGCGAGCAACCAAAAGGAGUCAGAUGAUGAGGCAAAUUUUUCGACAAAUGUUAGAGAUCUAAAUUCGGCUACCCUGUCUCGCAAGGGUUCCGGAGAAGAAGAGAGAAUUGAUGUUGAGGGUCAAGUUUCAGCACCUUCCGAACAGCAAGUGGAUCAAGACGCUCAUCACCAAGAUGGUCAAGUCCCUCAAGAAGUUAAAACAUCCUUGAAAGAAACGACAAUAACUGAACGAGGGGAUAUUUCUGACUUGAUUCCAAGCACUCUCUCUUUGGGCGAUCCUUGCAAGGAUUCAAAAAGCGAAAUCCAUUCACUUAAGGAAGACUGUGAAGAGAAUGACACUCCCAUAAAAACAACUGAAAUCAUUAUUUCCUAUGAAAGCGCGAGUGAUCCUGUGAUCUCAACUAUUCAGGAGGAAACUCAAAAAGACAUUGAUGAUGCCAAACAUGGCGAUACUCUAGAUGGAUUCCAGAAGUAUUCAUCGCAUACAACACAUAUCAGCGAUAAAGAAUCAAGCAUAGGUAUGGAACAAGGAGACUACCAGACAAAUUCAAAGUCAAGCGAAACAGAGGCGGCAGAGGAUCAAAAAGAAAUCAGCCAUCAAGAAUCCACUAGCAUUGGCUUCAAAGAUCAAGAAGAAAACGAAAACGAAUCCCCAGACAAAGCAAACUUAAUCUCAAUGAUGGGAGAAAACAUCUCGGCAAUUAUGAAGAGAACCAUGUCUGUCGAAUCUAAAGAAGAUUCUUUAGCCACAGAGGCAGAGAAGCCAGAUGAUCAAAAUGCCGAACAAGAGCCCAGACAGUCUUCUUUGGCUUCUACAAUAGUGUCAACUGGAGCUAAUAUUUCAUCCAUGAUGGACACAACAAUUUCCGCUGAAUCUAAGGAGAAAGCUAGUCAAGAUAGCAAUGCUAUGGCAACAACUCAACAGGACCUUGAGAUUAAAGAAAAUACAGAACAAGUUUCUAUGGCGUCCAUGAUAGCCUCAGCUGGUGCUAAUAUAACAUCCAUGAUGACCAAAUCCAUGUCCAUUGAAUCCAAGGAGGAUCAGCCUUAUAAUGAUGAGCAAAAGACCGAUACCCAAGUUGAGGACAAGGUUGAAAAAGAAACGAAACAGUCUUCAGUGGUGUCCCCCAAAACACCAGUAGACCAAAAGGCUGAAGAAGGGGAGCAAACUUCUUUUGCGUCUGCAACUCCAUCAGCUAGCGCUAAGGUUUCAACAAUGGUGACCAGUUCCAUGUCCCAUGAAUCCAAGGAGGAUGAGUCUACAAAUGAUGAGGUUAAGGCCAAAAAGCCAAGUGUAGAGAAGGUCGAAAAAGAGGAAGAGGCAGAACAAGAAGAACAAUCUUCUUUGAUGUCUGCAAUUGCUUCAGCUGGCGCUAACAUAACAUCCAUGAUGACCAAAUCCAUGUCCAUUGAAUCCAAGGAGGAUCAGCCUUAUAAUGAUGAGCAAAAGACCGAUACCCAAGUUGAGGACAAGGUUGAAAAAGAAACGAAACAGUCUUCAGUGGUGUCCCCCAAAACACCAGUAGACCAAAAGGCUGAAGAAGGGGAGCAAACUUCUUUUGCGUCUGCAACUCCAUCAGCUAGCACUAAAGUUUCAACAAUGGUGACCAGUUCCAUGUCCCAUGAAUCCAAGGAGGAUGAGUCUACAAAUGAUGAGGUAAAGGCCAAAAAGCCAAGUGUAGAGAAGGUCGAAAAAGAGGAAGAGGCAGAACAAGAAGAACAAUCUUCUUUGAUGUCUGCAAUUGCUUCAGCUGGCGCUAACAUAACAUCCAUGAUGACCAAAUCCAUGUCCAUUGAAUCCAAGGAGGAUCAGCCUUAUAAUGAUGAGCAAAAGACCGAUACCCAAGUUGAGGACAAGGUUGAAAAAGAAACGAAACAGUCUUCAGUGGUGUCCCCCAAAACACCAGUAGACCAAAAGGCUGAAGAAGGGGAGCAAACUUCUUUUGCGUCUGCAACUCCAUCAGCUAGCGCUAAGGUUUCAACAAUGGUGACCAGUUCCAUGUCCCAUGAAUCCAAGGAGGAUGAGUCUACAAAUGAUGAGGUUAAGGCCAAAAAGCCAAGUGUAGAGAAGGUCGAAAAAGAGGAAGAGGCAGAACAAGAAGAACAAUCUUCUUUGAUGUCUGCAAUUGCUUCAGCUGGCGCUAACAUAACAUCCAUGAUGACCAAAUCCAUGUCCAUUGAAUCCAAGGAGGAUCAGCCUUAUAAUGAUGAGCAAAAGACCGAUACCCAAGUUGAGGACAAGGUUGAAAAAGAAACGAAACAGUCUUCAGUGGUGUCCCCCAAAACACCAGUAGACCAAAAGGCUGAAGAAGGGGAGCAAACUUCUUUUGCGUCUGCAACUCCAUCAGCUAGCGCUAAGGUUUCAACAAUGGUGACCAGUUCCAUGUCCCAUGAAUCCAAGGAGGAUGAGUCUACAAAUGAUGAGGUUAAGGCCAAAAAGCCAAGUGUAGAGAAGGUCGAAAAAGAGGAAGAGGCAGAACAAGAAGAACAAUCUUCUUUGAUGUCUGCAAUUGCUUCAGCUGGCGCUAACAUAACAUCCAUGAUGACCAAAUCCAUGUCCAUUGAAUCCAAGGAGGAUCAGCCUUAUAAUGAUGAGCAAAAGACCGAUACCCAAGUUGAGGACAAGGUUGAAAAAGAAACGAAACAGUCUUCAGUGGUGUCCCCCAAAACACCAGUAGACCAAAAGGCUGAAGAAGGGGAGCAAACUUCUUUUAUUGCAUCAGCUGGUGCCAAUGUAGCAUCCAUCAUUACCAGUACUGUAUCCAUUGAAUCUGAGCACGAGCAGUCGGUGCAUGGGGAUUCGUCAGCCGAUCAAUACAUUGAGAAAGGAUUUGGAAAUCAAUCCUCCAUGGUUCUUGAAAAGAUGCCCGCAAAUUUUAAAAACCAAGAGAUCAGCGGUGCUGACGUCAAUUCUCCGCCUCAAGUCAAAGAACCUGUAGAAUCAAAACCAUCUUGUUCAAUGUCACCGGUGGGGACGACUUCAACAAAUACAAUAACUCCUCAAGUUCAUGAGGAUGGGUCAACAACUGAAUUUGUUGAAGAAACUAGUGACAUGACAUCAAUGGAUGCGAAUAGUAGAUCCAAUCAGCAAAGUGGAUCCGGAUCGGUCCUUGAAUCCAUGAAUAAAUCUCAAUCAACUAACGAAGGUUACACAAAAUCUACCCUUACCAAAACCGGAGAUGUUGGGAAAGGGAGUCAGAAUGAAUCGAUUUCUGAGAAUGGUCAGUAUGUGAAUGAAAUUGUAUCGACCACCACUGUUAUCAGAGGUGACCAAAGCGAUAGCGAGACAUUGACAUUUUCCAAUGUAAUCCAGACACCGCAAUCAACAUCGUCUGGAAAUACUUCAAAUGAAGCCGGUUCUGAACAAUACGACUCUUUCGAAACCUCCAAGGAAGUUUCGGGCUCAGGUGCAUCUGUAGGUACAUCUACCACUACAUCCACUUCAAUUGCAGUGGAGGACUCAUGUUCGUCUUCCGAACAAAAGGAUGGAAAGGGUCUGUAUUCGGCUUUGAGCCGACUCAUAUCAGUGGAUCCCGAUCCAUUGCCUGCGUCCACCUCAAAUGAGCUCACAGCCAAUGAGUCAUCCUUUUCUCGCUCAACCUCCCUCACGACCACUUCUGGUCCUGGAAUGUCCCAAAGUCAGUCAUCCAGCAUUGUUCGGGAAAUCAGUGAUGGCGUGACCACCACCGAAAUGGAAGAGUUGUGCUCCGAGGUCAAGACGUACAUCACCACCACAGUUACCAAAGUGAUCACUUUACCAGACGGAUCGAGGAAGGAGGUCAUCAGUAAUAUCACCAAGACGGUAUCAAUUGAAGAGAAUGUUCCUCCAGACUCACCGAGCAUAAAGAACUUAUCGCUUCACUCCAGCCCACAACGUUUCCCACCGAUUGAAGACCAAGGCGAGGCCAUUGACAGUGAUGCCCCAUCCACACCAGAUUUUGAUAACUCGGAUGAUGUUAUCAAUGCCGCUAUUGAGACGGUGGUUGAAUGCUCGAAAAACAUCAUUGAGCAAUCAUCGGUGAAAGAUGUGGCCAACAAGGAGGGUCUUACCAAAAUAAAUGUGGUGGUGGAACAAAAAGCCUUUAAAGAAAAGGUAGAAUCUCCUCUUAGCCAUAAGAGCAUCACUAUCGAAUCCUUGGCCCAUGAUUCGACUCCCGCUGGAUCUCCAGUGAGUACUGCCCAUUCCGAGUCGGACCUCGGAGCCAUUCCAAAAGUGCCCAAACCGCUUAAUAGCCAUGUCUACAACAAAUCCAGAAGCGAAAGCAAUGUAUCUACUUUUGAGGAAAAACAAGAAUCCUCGCAAACAAUGUUCAAAACAAGAUCCAGUGGAAUCGAAGAGGAGACCGAGAUCCGAACCUCUAAACUCCACGAGGUUCUCAAGAACGAAAAGGUGGUGACCGAUAACGAUACGAUGACCACCACCACAACAACGGUCUCCGAGGUCAUUUUGGACCCAUCGAGCUUGUCCUCUUCCGGUUUCCGUGAAGUUCCCACGACUGGAAUCCAAGUCAUUGAUGAGAGCUUGGCCAGAGUGAAGGAACAUCUAGCCAAAGAUGAUGAAUGCUCAAGUCAAGAGAUCUUGGAAACCAUGGAAACCGAUGCUGAGGGAAAUAUCAUCACCCGUACCAUAACCACCACAAUCACGUCCACUUCAAAUGAAGAAUCCUCUGCAACGACUCAAUCUUCAGCCCAGACAUUUGUCACUACCAAUGAAGAGGAAAUUGAAAAGAAACUGGAAUCUUGGGGCAAACCCUUGGGUCUGCCGAGUCCCAUCCGGCCGAGUUCGCCCAAAGGAGCCAGCAAUCCGAACCCAGAGCCGAGCAAACCCAAAGAGAGCCGCUCCAAGAGGCAAGCCCGGAGCAGUGACCCUGCUCCUGUCUAUAUGGACCUGGCCUAUGUGCCUCAUCAUGGCAACGUUCUGUAUUCUGACAUUGAAUUCUUCAAACGAGUUAGAGCCCGAUAUUAUGUCUUCAGUGGAGUCGAGCCCAGCCGUGAGGUAUUUGACGCCCUUCUAGCCGCCAAGAAAGAAUGGGAAGACAAAGACAUGGAGGUCACCAUAAUCCCAACGUAUGAUUCGGAUACUCUUGGCUAUUGGGUGGCCGCCAAUGAAGAGGCUUUGGCCGAACUUCAUAUUGAUUUAGCACCAUCGGCAAGUCGUUGCACCAUCAACCUUCAAGACCAUGAGACAAGUUGUGCGGCCUAUCGGUUGGAAUUUUAAUCAAGUCUGUCUGUUUAUGUAGAUAAGAAAAGGAAUCUUGAACAGACGAAGAAGAAAAUAACACACGAAGAACGCGACACUUCCAGGUGCGAUUUUGAGGCGUCCCUUUCUGAAGACGCCCAAACGAAUUGAUGAAUGAAUGAAAAUCAAUUUGAUUUAAAGGAUGUUACUUAAUUGUGUUAACCGUCACUAGGUGCUGUUUCAUUGAACAACUCGAGAAUGUGUCUUUAGCAAAUUGGAACUUCCACUUUUCAGUUUGCACUACUAUUGCUGCUACUACUACUACUAUUGAAAAAUGUUGAUACCAACAACCCCAAUUUCUUUCUUUCUUUAUCGUUCUCUCUAAAGAUGUGAUGAUUCUGAGGAAAGCACAUGUGAUUAUAACGAGGAUACGAAAACCAAAACAUUAAAUUGAAUGUGGAUAUCAUGUCGGCUUAUUUUUCUGGACACUAAUUCCUUAACUUGCAAAGAAGUACGUCUUCGGCCAAGACCGAGUUUAAAUAUUACUCCCACCACCACUACUACUACUACUACUACUACUAAUAUUAUUAUUAUUAUCAUUAUUAUUAUCAUUACUAUUAUUACUACCGUACCACUGCUACUAUUAAGGAAAAAAAAAUACCGCAUAAAUCGCACACAUACAAUACUAUAUUGAAGGAAAAAAAGAAUAAUGUAAAGAUUUGCUGCACAUCUCUUCUGUCUUCUUCCAACUCUUCAUCCCUCUUAUUAAAAAAGUUAGAACCCUUAUUUAUUCCCUUUCAGCUUCCUAAUGCUCGUUUUUAAGUAAUCCCGUUUGCCUUUGCUAUUUUUCGAAUUGCGCUGUGAAUUGCAUUUUUUCAUAUACCUUUAAUUGAACUGAACGCACUUACAGCUUCUUUUGUACGUGUUGUUCAUUCAAAUGAAAAGGGAAUGAAAUGCUUGUUUAUCAAGCGCAGCUCUGUUCAAACCUUGAUUUGUGAUUGAUCCAUUAUCUCUUCUGCUCUGCUCACUUUACUGUAAUACUAAUGUAUAAGAUAUAUGGUCAACAUUCAAGCCACACAUUCCAAAUAAACUCACACUAAAAACCCAAAAAAAUAAA